GGUCCCCCGGGGAGGGCCAGCUCCACUGUGCCUGCUCCUCUGCGGCCAGUGCUGGUCGCCUGUCAGCCCCGCAGCAGCCAGCCUGUUCGUCAUCAGUUUACACAUCUAAACCACUGGGAAGUAGCAGACCAGAGCCCCGGGAUGGGGCAGUGGAGACAGCGAGGCGGCUGCUGGGGAAAGAUGCCGCCUGCACGAGAGGCCGGCUGCCAGCCCCGAGGCCCCCGCCAGCCACAGCCAUGAGCAACUGGAGGAAGGACCACCUUGGCACCAGCAGCUCGGAGCCCCUCACGGUCGUCAUCAUUGGCAAUGGUCCCUCGGGCAUCUGCCUGUCCUACCUGCUCUCUGGCUACACGCCCUACAUGAAGCCAGAUGCCGUCCACCCGCACCCCUUGCUGCAGAGGAAGCUCGCCGAGGCGCCGGGGAUCUCCAUCCUGGACCAGGACCUGGAUUACCUGUCCGAAGGCCUCGAAGGCCGCAGCCAAAGCCCUGUGGCUCUGCUCUUUGAUGCCCUCCUGCGCCCGGACACAGACUUUGGGGGAAAUGUGGAGUCGGUCCUCACCUGGAAGCACCAGAAGGAGCGAGCCAUCCCCCACUUGGUCCUGGGCCGGAACUUGCCUGGGGGAGCCUGGCAUUCCAUUGAAGGCUCCAUGGUGACCCUGAGCCAAGCCCAGUGGAUGGGGCUCCCAGACCUGCAGGUGAAGGACUGGAUGCGCAGGAAGCGGAGAGGUCUUCGCAACAGCCGGGCCACAGCCGGGGACAUCGCUCACUACUACAGGAAUUACGUGACCAAGAAAGGCCUGGGCCACAACUUCGUGUCUGGCGCCGUGGUCACGGCCUUGGAGUGGGGGAUACCUGAGCCCAGUGGCUCCGGGGCCCAGGACCCCAGCCCCCUCUUCCAGGUGAGCGGCUUCCUGACGGCCGAGGACCGGAGUCAGCAGCCCUUCUCCCUGUGCGCCCGCAACGUGGUGCUGGCCACGGGCACGUCGGACAGCCCGGCCCGGCUGGGCAUCCCCGGGGAGGCCCUGCCCUUCGUGCACCACAAGCUGUCGGCCCUGGAGGUGGCCACACGGGCAGGCAUGGUGACCCCGGCCUCAGACCCCAUCCUCAUCAUCGGGGCGGGGCUGUCGGCGGCCGAUGCGGUCCUCUACGCCCGCCACUACAACAUCCCGGUGAUCCACGCCUUCCGCCGGCCCGUGGACGACCCCGGCCUGGUGUUCAACCAGCUGCCCAAGAUGCUGUACCCCGAGUACCACAAGGUGCACCAGAUGAUGCGGGAGCAGUCCAUCCUGUCGCCCAGCCCCUACGAGGGCUACUGCAGCCUCCCCGAGCACCAGCUGCUGCUCUUCAAGGAAGACCGCCAGGCCGUGUUCCGGGACCCCACGGGCCUCCAGAAGGUCUUCGGCAUCUCCCUGGUGCUGGUCCUCAUUGGCUCCCACCCCGACCUCUCCUUCCUCCCCGGGGCGGGCACUGACCUCGCCAUGGACCCUGACCAGCCACUGAGCGCGAAGAGGAACCCCAUCGAUGUGGACCCCUUCACCUACCAGAGCACCCAGCAGGAGGGCCUGUAUGCCGUGGGGCCGCUGGCCGGGGACAACUUUGUGCGGUUUGUCCAGGGUGGGGCCCUGGCCGUGGCCAGCUCCCUGCUGAGGAAGGAGGCCAGGAGGCCACCCUAGCACCCGGCCUGGCAUCCUCGCACCCAGGCCCUAAAGAGGCGGGGAGAUCACCACAGCCCUGCAGACACAGGCCAUCCCAAGACGCCCAGUGAGAGAAGGAGACCUCUCCUGGCAGGAGACAGGAGCGGCCACAAGCCCAGAAGGCGGCCUCACCAACGAAGAGGAGUGGGGAGGCCAGGCUGCCCAGACUCAGGCCAGGGCUCAGGAACAGUGGCCACAGGCCGGGGCAGGCCCAGACCUGUGAGUGGGGCGAAAGCUGCCAGCCUGAGCAGGGAUCACCAGGGCCAGCUGAGCACCAUGCCAGGAGGACUCCAGGCCCCGCUCGUUCCAGAAUCAGGUCCCAAAUAAAACCAGAGCCUGCCUCCA